ACUUUUUGGCUUAUUUUAUGAAAAUCUUAAGGUACCAACCUUCUUACAUUCUCCAAUCGACGAUCCUUUCUCUUUCACCCACUCUAUGGCAAAACCCAUUUUCGACCAUUCUUACUAUAAACCCUAAUUCUCUCCUCUCACGUCCAUGAAUUCCUCCCAAUUCAAUCCAUACCCAAUUCUUCCAUGGAAUCCUCUGUUAAAAUUGUAAAGAAAGAGCACAAAACCUUCGUUAGACGACGAUUACCGCCAACCCCACCACCCCCACCUUCUCUUUCUUCUUCCUCUUCCGCUCCUCUCAACCCAACUCUAAUCCCAAACCCCUCACUCCCUUGUCCUCAAAAGAAAACUCGGGAUUUGCCUAAUUUUUCGGAAUGCCAUGCUUGUGGAUUCCGUAUUGAUACCGUUGACGGUCGUUCCAGGCUUAAUUCCCUCUACAGCGAGUGGCGUAUUGUUCUUCUUUGUAAUAAGUGCUUCUCUCUUGUCGAAUCUUCCCAGGUUUGUUCUUACUGUUUUGCUGACACGACAGGCGAUUCUUUUAUUUGCUGUGAGUGUAACCGUCGGGUUCAUAGAGAAUGUUUUUCUCAGUAUAGUAGAGUUGCUCCUUGGUCCUAUUCCUCUUCGGGUUCUGUGUUUUCUGUUUGUAUUGAUUGUUGGGUUCCUAAACCAAUUGUAACAGCGAGGGCGGUAUUGAGAAGUAGAAAAAUAAGGAGAAAGAAUGUUAAUGUUUCGGAUUUGCGGAGUUCUAAGGUCUCAACUAGUGGAAACUGCAAAUCUUUGAGUGCAUUAGUCAAGGAUGCAAAUUGUUUAGUGGAGAAGAAAGUUGACGCUGCGGUUAGAGCUAGGGAACAUGCGCUGAAAAAGGCUGCUGUUGCUAGGAGGGCUUCUGCCUUGGCCAGUGAUGCCUUAAAUUUGGUUGCACAAAGGGAUGAAAGUGCUGCAAAAGAAUCUGGGGACUCUGCGGAGGAUGCAGAGUUGGCAAUUCAGUUGCACCGAGCUAUGAAUAGUUCUCCAAGAUUUUCCAAGAAUUUGUGUUCAACGAACUCAAACUACAUGGAUUUUGAUGAUACGAUGGUGGAUGAUGGUGAGACAUCCGCAGGAGCACUAUUUAGCGGGGAGUUUGAUUUCUUUAAAGCACCUCCAGUUUUGGUAAAUAAUAAUAUAUGCAACUCUCCUGAUAAUACUGCUUCUGAGCCUUCAGUCACGGCUAAAGAUCAUGUCUCACCAUUAGAAAGUAAUCAUUUAGAAUCCCUGGGUAAAGAUCUGAUGCGUGUAAAGGGCAAUGGUUGCCCGGUAAAGUGUGAUUCUGAGUCUGUGAAUGUGGAACUGACACCAGAAAAAGAAAUGAAGAGCAGCUCAAUUAAAUUAACCAAUGCUGGUUGCAAUUAUGACAUGUUAUGCUCUGAGUCUCAAUUGUCACCCACACAAGAUAAGUAUGAUCUACCUAGGGAUGAGAGGUGCAUUGCAAAGCCGUAUCACUAUUUCUUCAAGUAUAGGAGGAGAGAUACAACAAAACGUUACCUGUUGAAGUAUAGCAAGCGGAAUUCAAAAUUGAAGAGAAUGCCUGAUUGCAAUUCUAAAAUUCAUGAUGAUGGAAUGUGCUUGGGUGUUCCAUCUUCCUCUGCAGCAAUUGUAAUUAGUAGUACUGAAAAUUUUCCAGUAAUUUCAAAUGCCUCAUUUGGCUGCUGUGCUGUUCCUUUGCAAGCUUCUGGCCUGGGCGUUAAUGCAGUUCAAGAAAUCAGCAACAAAGGAGGCAGUCACUGAUGGAGGCAGACCCAUGCACCUUGCCCUUUCGUUGAAAUCCAUUGUUGUGCGCCUUCUCCAUCCAUUCUCAUAAACCACCAACCUUGUCGCUACCAGAUUCAGCCGCCAUCUGCUGCCUUUUGCCGCUACUCAACGCUGUUGCACACGCACACCUAACACCAAUUUGGCCGCCCACAUUCACGCUGUCCAAAUCUAUGAGUUUGCAGAUCAGUCUGUUUGCAUCCACGUCGUUUUGCUCCUAAAUUCGCCACCUCCUGACUGCUUCGCCCUUCUUCAUUUGUGUGGCUGUCAUGCUCUGAUCUAGUCGUGCAUUGGUGCUGUUUGGGUGAAUCAUAUAUGUUGCACAAUUUAGGAACCUAGUGCCUUUUGUAAUUAAAAAAAUCUUGGUUCAAUUAAUUUGUUUGGUUCAUGUUGGUCCUAUUUAUUAGUCUAUCUUUAGCUAUGGAAAAUUGAAAAAGAAGGGAAAAGAACAAAGUUAUGGGUUUUUGUUUCGUCUCAAAAUUAGUCUUUCAUAGGUUUUGCUAGAGAUCUCUAAAUGAGGAUCUAUAUUUCUAGCCCAUAUGUUUUUGGUUCCAUUCUUUGUCGGUUUCUGUUUCCAGCCUAGAAAUUCUUUGUGUGUUUGGUUCUUCGUACGUUUCUGAUUCUAUACUAGAUCCACUAGUUUGAUUUGAA